AUGUUACUGGAUGAAUGCCAGAAUCCUGAUAAAGUUGAUUCAAAACGACAAAUAGUUUUCCAGAGAACUUUAAAUAAUCAAAAUAGCAACAAGAUUGUGAUGAAAGCAAGCACAGCUUUUCACGGGGGAGACGAAAUUGUGCCAUCUGCAGUUAUCAACUUUACUACCGUUUCCGACGACUUUCUUUUCUUCGAUAAAAAAUAUGAAAUUUUGAGGGCUUUUCUUCAAGAUUGCGACAUUAGAGCAUUAUGA